AUGUGUCUCGAGCCAUUCCUGGACGUUUAUUCCGGGUACUCUCUGGACGGCAUACAUAUCACCGGCGAGGCUCUUAGCUAUCCAGAAAGAUUCGCAGCAUUCUAUAACGCCAUUCGUCCAACGUAUCCAAAGCUCCAACUCAUUGCAUCAGCUACCGGAUUCAACUGCCUACCCGAUCCGUUUCCCGAAGAUGCUUGGAUCGACUACCACGAGUACAAUAUCCCUGAGAACUACAUCGUUAACUUUGCUCAGUGGGAUAAUGUUUCCCGCAGAAACAAGUACAUCAUCGGAGAAAUGGGUCGCUGGGGGGUGCAGUGGUCGGACAUGAAGGGUUCAGUUUCUGAGGCUGUCUUUAUGCUUGGACUGGAACGUAACAGUGAUCUCAUUCAAGGUGUAGCAUUUGCACCCUUGAUCAGUCUUAUUGAUCAUCAACAAUGGGCAGUACAGCAGCUCUCCGCGCAAAACGCCGGAACCAUGACACAUGAGGUCAUCUCUGAUACUGGAUUCGACCCAGUUUUCUGGAGUGCUGUUAGCGCCGGGGAUACGUCUGUCGUGAAACUUGCCAACUACGCUGGAAACGACGACCCCGACAGUGCCAACACCUUUGAUUCAGCUCCUAUCACUGCCCCACUUAUCUCGCACAUCGAAUCAUCCGACGGCAUAUUCGAGUUCGUCAUGCCUCCUUGGUCCGUUGCAGUUCUCAGGGCGGACUGA